AUGCAGGGUAUUCGUAGGGCAAACCGCCAAUUGGUCGGCCAAGUUGACACGUUAAAGACUCUCUUUGAGCUGUUGAAAUCGGCCGAUAACGCCAUGAAGGCCGAGAUCAUGGCUCACCUGGAUGCGGACGAAUCACCGGAAACGAUUCUCCGACGACUCAAGGACGGCAAACAAAAGCCUCGAAAACGAAGCAACCAGAGCUCUAGUGAUGGAUCAAGCACCGUAUUCGACCGCAAGUCUUCACAGAGUUCCUCGACCAGUGUCAAGGUUGAGAAAGAUGAUAGCGUCCUGCUUCCGACAGGCGCGGUUCCGUGGCAUAUUGACAAGAUGCACUACCUCCUUAACCAAGUCGAUCCAAUAGACCUCAGCAAAGACUCACCUCCAACAGUAACAGAUACACACUUUCCACCCGAGGAAGAGGACCAAAAAUGUUCUGAGUUCCUCAAAGCCAUAAUUAAGGCAGACGAAGCGAGUCAAUCCAGUCACAUCCUUCCACCUGGCGCGGUCGAAGGCUUCGGAAACCUGCCCCUUUCGAGCGCUGUAAAAGCGAACCAUUAUCCUCCAACAGUGCAAGCGCGACAACUGCUGAACAUGCGCACCGAGGAGUAUCGCCUGCCGUCGUUCAUGGCAUCCGACGGCAGUCCACUGUCGAACAUAUUUUACAGUUAUAGGGAUGCUGCGAUGGAAAUGCUCUCGAACGGUGUGCCUUCGUAUAAGGUCCUGGGUCCCCAGGAUCAGAUUGACCUCGAACUCUUCUUCCGAGACCGACAGCCCGAGGACGCAUACGACGUUCACUCCUGGGCCUGUGAGUUAGUGAAGAACAUUGAAGGGUACGACGUUUUCGUUCAGCUGGCGUGCUGUGCGCUUUACGCCACAUACAUGAGGCCCUGCUAUCCGUGA